UUCUGGUGUCUAUUUGUCACUGUUUAAGUGCGGAGAAUUCAAGGAUAACAUGUAUAAACACCCAGUCAUUGCAAUAUAGUUCAAGAGAAAGCUCGGAGAACUUUUAAAUUAUUAACGAAGGAUAAGUCAGCUAAAGCUCGAACUAGCUUGCUAGUACUCCAAGCUAACAUUAGCCGUUUUAAUCUACGUUGAACCUGGUUUCUGUUAUGAAGUGUCAUCGGAGCAAAACAAUAGAGAAAUGUUUAAAAUAAACCCAAACAGGCAGAGCUGGAGAUCAAUUGGACCAAUUUUUAAACACAAAACUGGAGCAAAGAUGCAGGGUGAUACAAUCCUUGUUAAUAAAGAGAAGGCAGAGAAGAGGCUGAAAACAGCAGAGGUGACUUUGAUAUGACAUAUGGGAUUUAACAUCAUCAAACAGACAACAUGGAGGAAUCAGAAAAGGCGCCUGAACUGAUUGAGGACAACCGGAUUUUAAGUUGCCAGUCUUGUCAAAGCACGAAGGAAGAGUCUCGAGCAUCAUCGGCACAAAGGCGUUCAAAGAAUGGUCGGAAAAAAAUUCACAGCGAAGACACGAUGGAUGAACGUGUCGACAGGAGAUCGAAAACAAGAACUUGCCGAUCUGAUCCAGAUCGCGACCAGAUAUCAGAUGGAGAGGGAAGGAGAAGUGAUGGUUCGUUUUAUUCUGAAGACUAUGAGAAUGCCACACAGUCGGAACGCUCACUUUCCCCUCUCUCCCGCUCACUCACUCCAUCUCCAACACUACAGAGGGGGUUCCGGGCAAAGCAGAUUUCUAGAAGUCCACUCCACAAAACACGUGGGGUCGGCCGCUGUAGUGCAUCUCGGCCACAGCGACCUGGAGGCCUUCCCAUCACGCAGCCCCACCGCAAGGGAAUUCGGUCACAAAGCAAGGAGUUGACACCGCCUAAAGACCUGGAUCUGGUGACCAAGCGAAUGCUUUCAGCCCGCCUACUGAAGAUCAAUGAACUGCGCAACUCUCUUGCUGAACUAAAGCAGGAGAAUGAUGAACUGAAGAAGGAAAAUAGAAUUAUCAGACAGCUUCAGGUGCGUCAGGAGAAAGCCCUGCAGCGCUACGAUGACACAGAAAGUGAGAUUUCCCAGCUCCUGGCGCGCCACUCCAACGACAUCCAUGUGCUGCGUGAGAGACUGCGGCGCACACAAGAGCGGGAACGGACAGUUGAGCGGCAGUUAAAGGAGAGUGAGGAGCAGUUGCAAAGGAGUCAAGCCACUAUCACACGACUGAAGAAGUUAGUGGAUCAGCAGGAAUUAGGGACCAGAGAUGAGCUGAGUCAUAGCCUCAAAGAAGAGAAAAUUCAGGCCCAAGAGGCACAACGUAGGGUUAAGGACUUGGAGCGUAGCAUUGAGCUGAACAACAGCAGUUUUCAGAGACAGCUUGCUGCAGAGAAGAAGAAGUCUAUCAAUUGUCAGGAGGAGGUCAAGAAUCUUCUGGAGGAGGUGGACCGACUGACCAGUAAACUUAAGGAAAAGGAAAGGGAGCUAGAUGCUAGGAAUAUUUACUCCAAUCGUAUGGUAAAACCAGCAUUACGGAAAAACAUUGACAGCGGUGCAAAGCGGAAAUUCCUAAGCAGGAACAGCACCAAGGCAGUGCAAACUGAAGACAGAAUGUCAAGUCUGGAUUUCCCCUCUCCACCCCCUGUCGUCAAUGAUGCCAAUGAGUACAGUGGGCAGGCAGCUGACGAAUACUUCUCUCUUAAGGAGCUCGACAGACCCGCAGAGGCAGAUAAGGUGUCUCAAAAAAGGGAUGAACAGGAGAAGGGAGAAAGACAUGGGGAGGAUUUAGGGAAAGAGAGAGAGCAGGGGAUCCAGCAGAGAGAGGGACUUGACCAGGAGCUAAAUGUGCUUAAAGAGAAACCAAACAGAUUAGAAAAUGGCAUGGAGAAAGAAAAGGAUGAGGAGGAGGGCCAGAAGUCAAAUUCCCUUUUCAACCAGAAAGACGAAGACAACUACUGGAAGCGUGGCCACGUCCAGGAGGAGGUGACGCGAUGGAACAAGGAAUCUACGUCCAGUCAGCAAGCAGCAGAGGACGCCCGUCGAAAGAAAGAGCAGCUGCUGGCUAGGAUGCGAGAAAUAGACCGUCAAAACUACGGAACCCAGGACUCUGUAUUUGUUGAGUUGACUCUUUCUGAGCCCAGAAAGAUUAUAAAUGACCUCCCUUCUCCACAUCCACCUGAGGAGAGAACCCGUAACUCUUUGAUUUUCAACCUCACUGACUCAGAUGAGACGGGAUCAUUCCUGGGUGGAGUUAGAGAAGGCGGAAGGAGGAAACAAGAUGUGGAGAAUGGAGGUUUUACAUUGGGAGUGGGGAGGAGAGCAUUGAGGUCCCAAAACUCCAGUGAUGACUUGACUUUUAGAAGGUACGCACCUUCAUUUGGACAUUCAGCAUCCCGGGUUUCCUCUGGCUUUCCUCCAGCACCCCCUAAAGAAGACAAAAACUCUGCAUUAGAAGCCAUAGGACUUUUUAAUCUCGGAGGGGUGCUAACGGAGAAGGAGAUGGAAAAUAGAGCAGAGAAAGACAAGAAGUCGAGCCUCAUGCAGCAGCUGUUUGGUGCCCAGGCCUUGCCUGCUGCUGACAGUUUCAGUGCUUCCAAUAAAAUGGAGGUACUUAAUAGCCCUACAACAACCAACGGGGUACGUUCAAGACGGGAAGGACUACAUCGCUUCAGCUCAGGUUCCUCCACACCUCCAACAUCCUCCAUUAUCAACAGCACUCUACAUGUUGCAGACAGCAAACCUUCCAUCCGUGCCAUCCCAUUGAUUGAUGAUGACAUAGAGGAGCUCACUUUAUGAAUAAAUAUAUCUUAAUGGUAGUCAGUGGCUGCAUUCUUUAACUGUCAGCCAGAAUAUAACUCAGGUAGAAAUAAUGAUGAAGGUGAGUGAUGAAGGUGAUCCUUAUUUUGAAAUGGUGAUCAAACCAUGCCUGUCCAGUGUACAGCUUGCCAUUCUGUUUAAUGCACCAGAGCAAGCAACCCCUUCAGUCAUUCUAAUGAAUUUAUAGGCUUGUAAGAGGUUAUGUCAUAACAAAAUAUAUUUAAAUAGACAAUCCGUAUGUUUAGAGUGAGUGUUUUAGAGUAUGGCUGUUCUAUAGAAACAUGUCAUAAAACGAUGCUUGUGUUGCGGCCUUCUUUCUCCAGAUCUGAUUCCAAAGCCUAGCACUGACAAUCAGCACUAAAAAACUUUUUUUAAUAAUUUGUAUUAGCUUGUACACUUAAAAUUAGCUUGCUAUAUCUCAAACCUGUCAGGGACUACAGAUGAAAAUUAGCCUAUUGGCUAAAUCCCGUCACAUUUUCAGGGUCUGUCCAUGGUAAUUAAUGUGCAGCUGUUCCUGUUUAAAUAAAUAAAUAAAAAUCCCGCAUUUAUACUGCUACACGCACACUAAUGUUAGCACUCCGAACUGUCUUUAAUUCUAAUUUAAUUUAUGUAUAUUGUCAGAUAUUUAUAUUGGACACAUUUUGUGGAAUUAUUAGUUGAACAAUAAAAAGAUAAAAACGUG